AUGGAUCAUCCGGAGACGAGUCAGACUAAGGAGAAGAACGAAGCCUUCCACUCUCAAAAGAAAGAUCAAGAAGGAUUUACUAGCCAUUUCUUGAUUCCCCAAAAGGAGGUGGUAGAUAAGCUUGUGAAAAAGCUUAAAGACAAAACCAUGGAUGUACAGACAUUCCAAGGGUUUUCAGGCGGAAGAAUGAAUCAAGUCAUACAAAGCUUGAGUCCAUUCAAAAGGAAGCAUCAUGUCUAUUUCGGCACUACAAGUCGAGAAUUGACGCUUCCAAUAGAGAUAACAAACAACCAGGUGGAGAUCCAAUUAGUCCCAGCCGAAGAUGUGCGGAGGGAUCUCAGAAAAAUGAAGCCAGAAGUCGCUAAAACGAUGAAAUUGAUUCAUAUUGGAGCAAUCCAAUUGGUGAUCAAGUCUGGACUCAAACCAGGGACGGAUACUCCAAUUGAUGUUGCCUUCUGUGAGAAAAGGGUCACAGACACAAAAGAUUCAGUAUUGGGAGCCUUUUCAGGCAAUCUGUACACUAAGAAGAUUAUAGCCGAAUUAUAUCCACAGAUCGCUUAUAAUCUUCAAGAUUCAUCCUUCAGUCGAGCCCUGACACUCUACUAG